AUGAUGCCGUCGGAGAGCAGAGCUGAGUGUCCGGACGGGGCGGCCGCGCAGGUGGGGACGGCUGCGGCCACGGCAGUGGCCACGGCUGCCCCGGCAGGCGGCGGCCCCGACCCGAAAGCCUCAUCGGCCUCCCUGGAACGACAUCGUAGCGGGCUAACCUGGCCGCAGGUGAAACGGCUGGACGCGCUCCUGAGCGAGCCGAUUCCCAUUCACGGGCGCGGUAACUUCCCCACGUUGAGCGUGCAGCCCCGGCAGAUCGUGCAGGUCGUCCGCAGCAGCCUGGAGGAACAGGGACUGCGUGUACAUAGUGUACGGUUACAUGGCUCCGCCGCUAGCCAUGUGCUGCACCCCGAGAGUGGUCUGGGUUACAAGGACCUGGACCUAGUGUUCCGUGUGGAUCUGCGCAGUGAGGCAUCCUUCCAUCUGACCAAGGAGGUGGUGCUGGCCUGCCUGUUGGACUUUCUGCCGGCCGGGGUGAGCCGAGCCAAGAUCACACCAUUGACCCUUAAGGAGGCCUACGUGCAGAAACUGGUGAAAGUGUGCACGGACACGGACAACUGGAGCCUCAUUUCACUAUCCAACAAGAGUGGCAAGAACAUGGAGCUCAAGUUCGUGGACUCAGUGAGGCGCCAGUUCGAGUUCAGCGUGGACUCAUUCCAGAUCAUCCUGGACUCACUGCUGCUCUUUAGUCAGUGUUCCUCCGCGCCCAUGUCUGAGGCCUUCCACCCAACAGUGAUAGGCGAGAGCCUAUACGGGGACUUUGCUGAGGCCUUGGAGCACUUGCGGCACCAUGUCAUCGCCACACGCAACCCCGAGGAGAUCCGAGGAGGUGGUCUCCUCAAAUACUGCCACCUCCUUGUACGGGGCUUCCGACCUCGGCCUAAUACUGACGUCCGUGCCCUGCAACGCUACAUGUGCUCCCGCUUCUUCAUCGACUUUCCAGACCUAGUGGAGCAACAGCGCACACUGGAGCGCUAUCUGGAGGCCCACUUCGGUGGAGCUGACGCCUCCCGCCGCUACGCCUGCUUGGUGAUGCUGCACCGGGUAGUCAACGAGAGUACUGUGUGCCUCAUGAACCACGAGCGCCGUCAGACACUAGACCUCAUUGCUUCAAUGGCCCUGCAGGCCCUGGCCAAGCAGGGCCCAGCUGCCACCGCUGCCCAAGCCUGGCACCGUCCAGGCCCCGACGGGAUUAUGCCAGCCACUGUCAAUUACUAUGUGACCCCUGUGCAACCUCUGCUGGCCCGGGCCCACGCCUACCCCACCUGGCUGCCUUGUAACUGA